AUGAAGGCCAAUUAUAGACUUUUGUCCUGUUCCGAUCCAGCCGAGGAGGUUGCCUAUGAACUCUCAGCCCUGUCUGUCACAGCCAAGGACGCUGUCUGUGAAUUUCCUGACUGUUCUGUUGCAGCUGCAAGAGCCAUUCUGGAACUCUCAAACCAGCCUGUUGCGACUGAGGCCUUAAAUAUCUGUUCUGAAAACACUCUGAGUGUCAGCAUACCCAAUGAGCUUCCUCUCCGGCCUCUGAUGGGUGACACAUUAGUUCUGCCCUGCUACUUCCAGGACAACACAGUCAAUGACCCUGGUGCCCCCACCAUUGCCCCUUUGUCUCACCGGAUCAAAUGGAGUCUGAUCACCAAGGAAAAGCCCACAAACAUUUUAGCGGCAUCUGAAGGAGUAGUAAGCAUCGACAAAAGGUAUCUGGAUAGGAUCACCAUGGUUGGAUACCCUAUGACACCCACAGACGCCUCUAUUAAGAUCACUGAGCUCCAUUCCAAUGACUCGGGAGUGUACCGCUGUGAGGUCAUGAAUGGAAUAGAGGAUGGUCAUAAUAUAGUUGACGUUCAAGUUCAAGGUAUUGUUUUCCACUAUCGUGCAAUCACCACACGAUAUACCCUUACGUUUGAGAAGGCCAAGGCAGCCUGUAUUCAAAACAGUGCAGUGAUUGCUACUCCAGAGCAACUCCAAGCAGCAUAUGAUGAGGGAUUCCACCAGUGUGAUGCUGGCUGGCUUGCAGAUCAGACCGUCAGGUACCCUAUUCAUGAUCCUCGUGAGGCUUGCUAUGGAGACAAGUACCAAUUUCCAGGAGUGAGGACAUAUGGAGUAAGAGACAUGAAAGAGAUGUAUGACGUGUACUGCUUUGCUGAGAAAAUGACAGGAAAAGUGUUCCACACUACUUCCCCUAACAAAUUCACUUUUGAGGAGGCAGAAGCUGAGUGUACAAAGCUGGGUGCCAAGUUGUCCACCACAGGACAGCUGUACCUGGCAUGGAAGGGUGGUAUGGAUGUUUGUAAUGCAGGCUGGUUGGCAGACAGGAGUGUCCGCUACCCCAUCAACAUUGCCCGACCGCAGUGUGGGGGUGGACUGCUGGGAGUGAGAACCGUCUAUCUGUUUCCCAAUCAGACUGGUUACCCUCUCUCAGACUCCCGCUAUGAUGCAUUUUGCUACUCUGAAACGGGUGAGGAGGGUUCCGGCUUUUUGCCAUUUGACAUCGAGACGACCACAGAAGCCGGCAGCGGUAUCCUGAGAGUGGACACAAUCACAGAAAGCCCCCAGGUGUUUUUAAAGCCCACAUCCACAAAAAGUGAACUGAAGGGAGAAGUUGUAACAUAUAAGCCCUCAGUGACCACCAGUGUCGAGUUCCCAUAUACUGCACUAAAUAUUUCCCAGCUGCCACUUUCACCACCUCCCAGCUCUGCUGAGGUGGUUACGGACGUUGUGGAAGGGAUAACUGACAGGACUGAUCUUGGCUCUGAUGUAUCCCAUUUGAAUGAAACCGAAGCUGUCAUGCCUGCCACAGGUGUGGUCUUCCAUUAUCGUGCAAGCUCCGGUCGUUAUGUCUUUGACUUUGUCGAGGCUCAACUGGCAUGCCAGAGCAUCGGUGCAGUCAUUGCUAGUGCCCAGCAACUGCAGGCAGCCUAUGAGUCUGGUUACCAUCAAUGUGACGCUGGCUGGCUGUUAGAUCAGACAGUCAGGUAUCCCAUUGUGUCUCCACGUGAGAAAUGCUCUGGUGAUUUGGAGCAUGUUCCUGGGGUGAGGUCUUAUGGACUGCGUUCUGCCAAUGAACACUAUGAUGUGUACUGCUAUGUGGACAAACUACGGGGGGAGGUGUUCCAUGCAAGUUCAUUUGAGGGAUUCACUUACGAUGAGGCAGUGACUUACUGUCAGGGCCAAAAUGCCUCACUGGCCUCCACAGGAGAUCUGUAUGCCGCUUGGAAGCAGGGCUUUGAUAAGUGCCGUGCUGGCUGGCUUCUUGACCACAGUGUACGCUACUCCAUCAGUAACCCGUGGCAGCAGUGUGGUGGAGGGAAGGCUGGAGUUCACACAGUUUACAAGUUUCCCAACCAGACUGGCUCUCAUGACCUGCACUCCAAAUUUGAUGCAUACUGCAUCAUGGUGGAUCUGGAUCUGUCUCUGAAUGAAAGUGAACCGAAUAUGAUGGUGACAGAGGAAAAGAUAGUGAGCGUGACAUCCCUCCCUGCUCUUCUCAAACCUGAUGGAACCACUUCUACUACUAUCCCUGCAGAACCCUCUGGAUCUGGCGCAUCUGGGGCCAGUGGCACCGAUGAUCCUUUGAGCAGUGGGAGCGGGGAUCAGCUGAGUGGAUCACCUGUUUCAAGUGGAGACUCUUCUGGGGCCAGUGGCACUGACAAUCUGUUGAGCAGUGGGAACAGGGAUCAGCCGAGUGGGUCAUUUGUUUUAAGUGGAGAAUCUUCUGGGGCCAGUAGCACUGAUGAUCUGUUGAGCAGUGCAAGCGGGGAUCAGCCGAGUGGGUCAUUUGUUUCGAGUGGAGACUCUUCUGGAGCCAGUGGCACUGGCGAUCUGUUGGGCAGUGGGAGCGGGGAUCAGCCGAUUGGGUCAUUUGUGUCAAAUGUAGACUCCUCUGGGGCCAGUGGUAGUGGGGAUCUGCCAAGCGGGUCUGAAGGAUCAUCAGGAUCUGGCAGUGGCUUAGAUAUCCAAGUGACCUUUUCAGGAAGUGACUCUGUUUUAUCAGGAGUUGGAUCAGCUUCAGGACGACCUAAGGAGGCUGGGGAGGCAGGCACAGAGAUCCUCACCUUCCCCCUUGGCCAGGGCUCAGGCCUCUUCGGACUGGACACCUCUGGAUCGGGAUCAGGGAGUUGGUCAGGGUAUAGCUUUGAAGAGAGUGGCUCUACCUCAGACUUUUCCAGCAGCUCAGGAGAAAGCGACGAGAGUGGAUACCUUUCUGGCAUCUCUUCAGGAUCAGGUUCCAGUGAGGAAUCCUCAGGAUUCAGUGGUUUCCCAUCAGGAUUUUUUCCCUCUGGAGGAUCCAGUGGCAUUUCAUUCAUCGAUGGCAGUGGUGUCAUGGUGGAUAGCUCAUGGUUGAAGGUGUCCACUGCUCCACAUUUAAUAGAACAAGAGCUGGGUGGAAGCCAUUUGGAUUUUAGCAGAUCAGGACAUAUCUCAGAGUCUGGGGUGAGCGGUGAUAUCUCUGGGAUGAGUGGUGAUAUAUCUGGAGAUAGUGGGAGUUGGUCAGGGUAUAGCUUUGAAGAGAGUGGCUCUACCUCAGACUUUUCCAGCAGCUCAGGAGAAAAGUCUGGGGUGAGCGGUGAUAUCUCUGGGAUGAGUGGUGAUAUAUCUGGAGAUAGUGGUGUUCACAGUGGCUCUGGGAGUGGUUUAGAGUUUUCUGGUAUGACAUUUUUGGGGUCGGGCUUCAUUGAUCUCAAAGAACAAUCUCAUGAGCAGGAAGUUUCUGGACUUUUGCUGUUUAGGUCUGGUGAGGGAAGUGGAUUUACAUCUGGAGGCUAUGCCAUUGAAUCAGGAGAAAGAUCAGGGGAAUCAGCUAGCGGUGAGAUCAUCUUCUUCACUAAUAAUGACAUGGUGGAAAUGUCCAACAAGCCCUUCCAAAGCAUGGAGCUAGGAAGGGGGGAGGUGGAGUACAGUGACAUCGUCAGGGUGUCCUCAGGGAGUGGAGACGACCAAAGUGCCUAUGGUAGUGGACAAGAACACGAAUGGAUCCCAGUUACUGAAGAUACGCCAACAGUGAACUCCAGUGAUGCUCCUUCAGCCGUACUAUCUGCUCAAGGGCCAUCUGGCCUGUACAGUGAUGCUGCAGGAUCUCCAGUGCUUUAUUCAGAACCAGAGGGGACCACGAGUAAACUUGAAACUGUUACUUCUGCAGCUUUGUCUUCUACCACAGAACCUACUUCUUUACAGAGCCCUUCUGUCACGGAAGGACUUGUUGUGAAUGCUUCUCUUAACCCAUGUGAACCAAACCCUUGUGGAGCUGGGGUGUGUUCAGUGAAGGAUGGGGUGGGCGUUUGUCACUGCCUACCUGGACUGCAUGGAGAAGAGUGCCAAUUUGAGGUUGAUGUUUGCCAUUCAAAUCCUUGUACCAAUGGAGCCACCUGUGUGGAGGUGGAGGACACUUUCAAAUGCUUAUGUCUGCCCAGCUACGAAGGAGACCGCUGUGAGAUUGAUGUGCACCGCUGUGAGGAGGGCUGGACUAAGUUUCAGGGCAACUGUUACUUGCAUUUCUCGACGAGAGAGACCUGGCUGGAUGCUGAGCAGCGCUGUCGAGACUUAAACGCUCACCUGGUGAGCAUUAUCACUCCAGAGGAGCAAGCCUUCAUCAACGCAUAUGCACACGACUAUCAGUGGAUUGGACUGAACGAUAAAAUGGUGGAAAAUGACUUCCGCUGGUCAGAUGGGACCUCACUGCAAUAUGAGAGCUGGAGGCCUAACCAACCCGACAAUUAUUUUAAAUCUGGUGAAGACUGUGUCGUAAUGAUCUGGCAUGAAAAUGGCCAAUGGAAUGACGUGCCAUGCAACUACCACUUACCUUUCACAUGCAAAACAGGUUCAGUGACAUGUGACCAACCUCCUAAAGUGGAGAAUGCCAGGAUGUUUGGAAACAAGAAGGAUCGCUACCAGGUGAAUUCUAUAAUCAGAUACCAGUGCAGUGAAAACUUCACACAGCGCCACCUACCUGUGAUCCGCUGCAUGGCAGAUGGACAGUGGGAGAAGACGCAAGUGCGAUGCAUAGCCAAGGACAAAUCUGGACUGCAAAAGGAAUCUUCUGUUCAUCACUCUCAUAAAUCUAUUGCAACAACAUUGGAGAAACAUCUCUAA